UCCACAUUCCACUCAAUAAACAACUAGUGCAGUUAGGCGCUGAUAGUUUUCACUUCACUUUUUCAGUUUCCACGCUACAGCAAAGUUAUAUAAUUGGCACCCAAACCAUUCAGGAAAGGGUAAGAGGUAGAGAAUUCGGGAAAAGAAAAUUCAGGUCUUAUUUUGCUUUGAUCGAGUAGCAGGCAUGGAGAAAUCGGUGAUGGUGGUUGGGCUGGAUGACAGCGACCACAGCUUCUAUGCGUUGGAGUGGACUUUGCAACAUUUCUUUUCUCCGUCGCCGGAAAAUUCCCCUUUCAAGCUCGUUGUCGUCCACGCUAAGCCUUCUGCUCUGACCGCUAUCGGCCUCGCUGGCCCCGGUUCUGCUGAGGUGCUGCCCUAUGUGGAUUUGGAUUUGAGGAAGAUUGCUGCCAGGGUUUUGGAAAAGGCCAAGGAAAUGUGCACAGCUAAAUCGGUGAAUGAUGCGAUGUUUGAGGUCGUCGAUGGUGAUGCUAGGAAUGUUCUCUGUGAGGCUGUGGAAAAGCACCCAGCCACUGUGUUGGUUGUUGGUAGUCAUGGUUAUGGAGCUUUAAAGAGGGCUGUUUUGGGCAGUGUAAGUGAUUACUGCGCUCAUCAUGCUCACUGCUCUGUGAUGAUUGUCAAGAAGCCAAAGAUCAAACACUGAUAAUCUUUCCGAACAUAUUAUGAAAGUGCAAUUCUUAUGCUAAUGUUGUGAUCAAUUGAAUCUUUGUUUGAGCCCCCACAAGGUUCUGGGAUUGACAUUACACAUAUUGUCGAUCGCAAACAUAAGGGCCUUUUCUUUCUAGUUCCACUCCUGAGUGUGUAAUGCUACUCUGUAUAAUUGAAUGCACGACUUGCUGUA